UAUGGGUUCUAUCUAUUUUGGGUUCACUUUUAAAUUUAAAUUGUAAUCAAUUUAAAAGAUAAUUUAUACAUAUGUAACUACCUACUAUUUUACAGUUUUUUUUAAAAAUUUUUUGUUAAAUAAUAAUAUUUAUUCAAAAUCUAGAUAGAAUUAUUAUUAAUUAUUAUAAUUAACUCGAUUUAUUCAAGAAUAAUCAUUACCUUCUAUCAAACCAUGUGAAUAUUUAUUAAUUUUGGAAAGUAAAUCAAGCUAUAACAUGAUUGAUAUCCACAUGAUUAAUAAUAAAGGGUUUAUUUGGAAUGCAGAUGAUUGGUAUGUUUUACGAACAACCCACCGUAUGUUAGGGAGUUUGAUUGGAACUUUACCUUCCACGCCACGUCAAGAAGAUCAAAAUGGUCUUCCUUGCCUUUUAUUAAUUGAAGAAGUUAGAUUAUUGGUUGAAAAUUGUAUUGGCCGAACUGUUGAAUAUCCAUCAUUUACAUCUUUACAUAUUAAAGAAACAGCUAAAAUCAAUCCACCUGAUACAUUACCUAAUGUUAUGAUACAUCUUGAUGAAAUAUGUUCAAACGUAAUUGAAGUUCCUUUACCUAAAUUUAUUAACGAUUUGGAAAGGAUCAGAUAUAAAGUUUUUAAGGAUCUGUGGUCAAAAGGAUUUUAUUUAACUUGUGGUAUGAAGUUUGGAGGUGAUUUUUUAGUCUACGAAGGUGAUCCUUUGGCUUAUCAUGCAAAAUAUAUAGUCAACUGUAGAGAUUUGGAUAAGCAAAUAAUGGUUUCGCGUAGUAGAGUUAGUUCAAUUACUAAUAAAAAAAUGGUGUUAGCCAAAGAUGAUGGAAUCUCUAUAACAUAUUUAAUUUAUCAUUUAGAUGAUUCAUCACAAAAUAAUAAUAAAAUUAAUUACACUUUUUAGUAUAUUUAUUAAUAAAAUAAUGUGUUAAUGUACAUGUCAUAAAAAUAUUACAUAAUGAAUUAUAAUAUUUAAGGCUAUUUAAGAACAUUUUAAAACUUUUAUUGUUUUGUAGCAGAAUUUAAUUGAGGUUUCAUUUUUUAACUGCUUAUUUUGCUAUGCACUUAAAAAAAACCUCAUUGCUGUGCUGAGCACAGUGUGCUCAGAAUUAAUAAAGUAUUUAUAGAAUUAGUAAUAUAAACAAAAAAAUAGAGUCACUUGGUACCUAUAAUAAAUUAAUGGAUACAAGUGUA